AGAACAGAGCUUUCAGAUUAAAGAUGGAGGAUGUUAGAGUGACCUGGAACGAUUUUGAAUACAACCUAAAGGGUUCUUUUGUUAAACUGAGAGAGGAUGAGGUUCUUUACGACAUGAGUUUGGCUUGUGAGGGUCAGAUUAUACCUGCACAUCAGGUAGUAUUGGGUUGCUGCAGUCCCCAGCUUCUCCAGUUGUUAGUUGGAGCUCGGAGUGCUGGAGGAACCCAGUAUCCUCUACUUGUUCUACGCGGUAUAUCAGCACAGGAUAUGCAGCUUAUACUGGAAUUCGUUUAUACCGGACAAGUUGUUGUUCCCCAGCAUAGACUGAAUACAUUCCUGGCAGCAGCAGAAGACUUAGAAAUCCUCGGGCUUUCCAAAAAAUGCGCAAAUAUUCAUAUCGGAGAUUUGGACGACUUUGACAUGGGUAUCCCUGAGCUACCCUCAAAGAGAAAGCAGGGACGUGCGAGAAAGAAAAAGUACUUAGAUAAUAGUGAGCCGGAGAUUAAACAAGAGGAAAACGGUUUCGACGAAAAUGGCGUUAAAAUAAAACGCGAAAAACUUGACAAAAUGUACGAAUGUGAUUCCUGCCAGAAAAAGUUUGCGCGCAAAGCACACUUACAGAGACACGAAAAGGCGCAUUCCGACUUCCGGCCGUUUGUGUGCACGAUUUGUGAGCAGAAGUUUAAACGGAAAGAACAUUGUUACAAACAUAUCUCUACUAUCCAUGAUAUUGAUGAUCCUACCGGGCAUACAGAGGAGAUUAAACUCUCAGAGGUCCUGGACGCUAUGGAGAAUGUUAACUCCGAUGACGAGGGUUUAAGUGAAACAGGGUUCGCCGAAGGAUUAAAUCUUUCAAAAGAAAAUAUUUAAUUAAUUAUUUUGCAAGAAAUACUUAUCAAUGAUAUUGUUUCCCCCCUCAAUACUCAAAAACACAUUAUUUAAAACACAGUUAAGGACAUCUUUUCGAACUGAAAAUUUUUAUCUGACGAUUUUUCCAGAAAUGAAUUUUAUCUUCAAUUUUACAUUUACAACUCUGUUCGAAGAGGAUAGUUUUUAACAGACAAAUCAGACAUUUUGGGACAUCCAACUUCCAAACUUAAAUCUUAAAGUUUAAAUAAUUUGAUUUUACCAGACAUAGAAUUUGUAAAACGUGCAUAUCGUUAAAUUUGUUUUUGAUGAGAGGUUUGUUAUAAGCUUAGACCUUUGCGAUAGGAUAACACUAAAUAUUAUUCUUAGUACCUGUACAGUAAAAAUAUUGUAAAUAACAGUUCAACGCUCAUGUUAAUUAAUAUUUAUAACAUUGUUUAACACAUUCUGUAAAACAGACCUUGUAUUUUGACCAGCUCUAGCUAACAAAUUUCCUCAAAACUUUUUUGUUACUAAAACAACGUAUUUGCCUAAACUUAUUAAAUCAAUGGACAAGUAUGAGAUUUAGGAAAUUAUACCUAUUUAUCGUUAAGCUAUGAGAAGAAAAAAAAAUUCCGUUGAAAUUUUGCCGCUUAAAUCCGGAUCUGUUUGUACCACAUUGUAAUGUUUAUGUAGCGUAUUUAAAAUUAUGACUACGGAAAAUAAAAAGAAAAUUCUAAAUUGA